UACCUGCCUUUUCAUUUGUCUGGUUUGUGUGUGAACUCUUACUUUUUUAGCUCCUCUAAAGUGCUUGUGAUCAGAAGGAUAAACUGUUACAAAAUGUCAGACACUUUUCGGCUUUUAGUGAAAAAUGCCAAACAGGUGGUGAUGGUGUGUACAAAUGGUGAGAAGUUUCUGACCAAAGAUGGGAUGCGGAAUUUGGCAAUUCAUGAGAAUGCAAGUGUGGUUGUUGGACAUAAUGGACUUAUUAAAGCUGUGGGACCUGCAGACUCCAUAGAGUCCCAAUUCAAAAAAGCUGUGUUUGAUCAAGUACUGGAUGCCACUGGCAUGUGUGUUCUCCCUGGUUUGGUUGAUGCACACACUCAUCCAGUUUGGGCUGGGGACAGAGUGCAUGAGUUUGCAAUGAAGUUAGCCGGAGCCACAUACAUGCAGGUGCAUGAGGCCGGCGGAGGCAUUCACUUUACAGUGGGACACACACGUGCAACAGAUCCAGAAACCCUGCUGCAGGGGCUGAAGGGCCGUCUGGAGCGCAUGCUGAGAGCGGGAACUACACUGGUUGAGUGUAAGAGCGGUUAUGGCCUGGAGCUUGAGACCGAGCUCAAAAUGUUGAACGUUAUAGACGCAGCCAGGAAGACCCUACCUAUUGGGAUAACGUCAACAUACUGCGGUGCACAUGCAGUGGCCAGAGGUAAGACAAUGGAGGAGGCGACUGAGGACAUUCUGUCAGUGCAGCUGCCUGCUAUACAAAAGCAGAUUUCUGCAGGUGAACUGCAGGUGGACAAUAUUGAUGUGUUUUGUGAGAAAGGGGUUUUUGAUCUGGAUUCCACCCGCCAAAUUCUCCAGGCUGGGAAGGACAUGGGCCUCAACAUCAACUUUCAUGGAGAUGAACUGCAUCCUAUGAACUCUGCACAGCUUGGGGCGAAGCUUGGGGCUUUAGCCAUAAGUCAUCUGGAAGAAGUGACCGAUGAGGGCAUUGCUGCCAUGGCAAGGGCAAAGACAUGUGCCAUCCUGCUGCCUACAACUGCCUACAUUCUCAGGCUUCCAUGUCCUCGGGCUAGAGAUAUGCUUGAUGCUGGAGUUAUUGUAUCACUUGGAAGUGACUUUAACCCGAAUGCUUACUGCUGCUCGAUGCCUAUAGUGAUGCACUUGGCCUGUGUGACGUUGAAAAUGUCGAUGCCUGAAGCCCUGGCAGCUGCCACGAUAAACGCAGCUUAUGCUUUAAAUCGCUCACAGUCACAUGGAUCUCUGGAGCCUGGCAAGCAGGGAGACCUUCUUAUCAUCAAUGCCCCACGAUGGGAGCAUCUUAUCUACCAGUUUGGAAGCCAUCAAGAGCUGGUGAGGUUUGUCAUCAUCAAGGGCAACGUUGUCUAUGAAAAUGACAAGGUCAUGGACCUCUGAAUGUACUAACAGUCAUUUAUUUCAAGGUACUGCUGAUAAUAAAGUGUGCAUUUAAACAUA